AAAGAAAUAAUCCGCACAAUUUACCAGUCUACUCAAUUUUUCGCCAAACACCACUUGCCAUUGAAAAAAAAAUGGCGCUAUUUUCUCAAAUAAUUUGAAAACUUAAAAAGGCGCUUCCGCAGCGUUCCUAAAAGUGCGGGGUAGGUAGCUUUAGGGAGAGAGCCGUGUUACACGCGAUUACGAAGCCAUGAUAGUCAGACGAACCAUGUACAUCAUCAUGAAACAACAGAAUGAGAAAGAGCUUUGGCUUACUGGGCCCGAAUAAACCCAAUAAGUGAGCACAGGCGAUCACAACAGCUGUGAACAUUUACGUGGUGUGGCUGCUGCCUGGGGUAAACAACAGCAGGUCUCGUCGUCUACUGCGCAGUUGUUUGCACGAUUGUUUUGCGGACAUGAUAGGGCAUCAGGCAGAAUAAAAAUAAAGCAGGAGCGUUUUCCACAGAAAAUACGCAACAGUGGUGCAUCGGAGUUUCUCGAUUUGUGUUGUGCAAUCGUAAGAAUGCUGAGGGCAUCAUACGAUGAAAUGAUUUGCUACUAGUCGAUAUUGUGUCGUCAACAAGCUUGCGGUUGUUCCAUCUGUGUAAGCUUAGUGCGGGUAGAAAGACAAGUGUGAUUGAAUCAGCGCGAAGACUUUUGCGUCUUUGUGAGGCGACAUGAUGGAGAUCCAAUCGAAAGAAGAUUUGUUUGUCACGCUCGAUGACUAUGCCAUGCAGGAUGAUGAACGUGAUCUGGACUUCAGUCCUGGUGCUCAGAAGCGUACACGGCGUAACACUCGAAAAGGGAGCGCUGGAUCGGUUGUACCGCUAUCGACGUCCCUGCCAGCAUCAUGGAUGCACUGCUCAGCGCCCGGCAAGGGUGCCGAAAUGAAGGUACGCCUCGGGGGCCGUUUAGAAGACACCACACUGACCCACAUGGCCAAUCCAGACAUGGCCAGUUCACUGGGUUCUCCGGACAGCACAGCAAGCACAGAAUCACCCCAACAGCAGGCAGGCAUCGCGCCAGCUCCCUACGUUCGUCUUGAAAGAAGUCGACAGAGUGCACGAGAAUGCCGGGCCCGUAAAAAAUUACGGUAUCAAUACCUCGAGGAACUCGUUAGUCAUCGGGAAAAGGCAGUCCUUGCACUUCGAGAAGAGUUUAGUCGGUAUGUGUCGUUGUUCCAGGAGAUCGAUAAUGGCAAAAUGCCACCCGACCUUGAGCUGAUGCUCAAAGACCCAUUAGAUUAUGCGUGGCGAGAAUACGCUCGAAAGGGUCCGUCUUGUGACUCAAAAAAGGCCAUACAACAGUUGGGUGGGGGUGGAGGUCCAAGCCACACCUAACUGAAUUCAGCUGCUAAUUCCUUUCGUCGCCCUAGCAUCGGCUGCCUGUUCAAGCGACAUGUACACAGAAAUUAUGUCUUCAUUAACACGAGUUUUUACAUUCACGAUCAUUUUGUGCGGACAAAAAUGUCUAAAUUUAUUUUAAACACACAUUUCUCAAACAUGUCUAUAAGAUAAGCGUUGAUUUUUCGUAGUUUUUUUUUUUCGUGUCGAAUCUAAAACACACGAUGUUUCAUUUUGAAAUGGCAUUAAGGUGCAGGCAGAUCUUGCCUUUGUUUAUUUGCUCUGAAGGCAGCGCAUAUUCAAGUUCAACGACAAUGAAGAAGAAAUGGAAUGCGCGCGCGGCUAUAUUGUGGGCCCUUAUUUUUUGUUAUUUUAUAUGAUCAUUAAUUGUAAGGAAAAGACAGUUGUGACUUGUCGCGUCCUAUGCGGUUGUUGGUGUUGGGUACGCGUGUUUCAGGCAUUAUAGGUAAAGGGUAAGUAGGUUUUGCAAAGAACGGAGCAUACGAAAGAGUUAAUACCAAUGUUGAUGCCCUUGUAGAUUUCGAUGCAGAACGGACAACUCGUUGCCACGUUGACCAAAUCUGUGGUAAUGCACAGAGAAUCGUAGGUCUCAAGAAAUGUUUGAGAUUGAUUUUAUUCCUUUUUGUUUGCUGGUAAUCUAUUCUAUGUUAAGCUGUAUAUCUAAUGUCCCGAUAAAAAUACAGUAUUGUAUUCAUUCUGCACUACUUAUCAUUUUCUAAGCUGCAGAAGAUUCUCUAAAACAAAUGCUAGUGAAAAUAAAAAUGGUACCUCGAACAAUACGCCCAAAAGCUACGGUUCUGUUGAUGCGAUCAUGUGAUCUACAUUACACAGUUUAGGGAAAUACUGUUAAACGAAGCAUAACGAAUAAACGACGUUAAGGUCCGCUGAUGCUUCUGACAGUUGAGUGGCAAAUUGUUUCUUGAAUAUAUAGGACAAGGCCAAGGUUCCGGUAGUGAACCGAUUGUACAUAGGGAAAAUAAAAAUUGAUGUCCUUGUUAAACGCAACUAAAAUUUGCGUUGUUAUUAAAGACAAAGUUA